AUGGUUCGCACGUACAAAAGAAAGACUGAUGCCGGAGAAUGGUCUCAAGAAAAAAUGAAAGAGGUUGUAAAUAAAGUCCAGAGCCAAGAGUUGAUUGAAGCUGCUAAGAUUUUUACAGUACCGUUCACGAGCUUACAGAGAAGAGUCACUUUAUCCAAGGGUAUUAUUAAGCGUCGAGGUGGACAGCCAGCUUUAGAUGAGAACGCAGAAAAGAGGUUAGCUGACUGGCUAUUGCACUUCGCAAGUCGUGGCUUCGGAAUUACACACGAAGCGGUACCCUGUAUGAAUGCAGCAGGACAGUCCAUACCUCCAUUUGUUCUAUUCAAAGGUGUGCGUAAACGUGGCGAUUUUCUCCUAGGUAUGCCACCUGGUACUGAAGUUGCCAUGACAGAAAAGGGCUGGGUCACCGAAGAAGCUUUUAAGUUGUGGCUGCAACAUUUCAAUCGCCACCGGACCCCAGGAAUAGUAGUUCUAAUUUUGGAUGGACAUGCGUCUCACACCAGCUACUCAGUGCUACAAGUACAAGCCACAAAUACACAACUAGUAGCUGAUACAGUGCCAUCUGCAAAAUCACGGCAGUCUGACAAAACCCAGUCUUCCACCUGUGCAGAUGAAGACAGAAAGAAGAUGAAGAAUAAAGCAACGCCUGGGAUAAAAAUUAAGAGUAUAUCAGCAAAGCAGAGAGAGUGUCAAGUGCCCCAAGUCCAAUCCACGAGUUCCCAACAGGUGCAGCCACAAGACCAAUCCUCAAGUGCAGAACAAGUGCAGUCAAAAAUAGAGAGUAAGACUACUCUUCUCGAAAAAGAAACAAAGAAGAAAUUUAAGAUAGAAUUUAAAGCCAAGGAAAAUAAGAAAAAGGCUGUGGGCAAAGAAAAUACUAUGAAGAAGAUGAAUAAUGAAGCAAAGUCUGCGAUAAAAAUUAAGAGUUCAUCUCUAAAACAGAGAGAAUGGCACUGCAUUUACUGUUCCGAAAUAUUCGUUCAUCCACCAUCAGAGGAUUGGAUUCAGUGCAAUGCUUGCGAAGAAUGGUGCCACGAAAAAUGUGCUUAUAAGGGGGGAAAAAAGGAUUGUAUAACACUUUAG